AUGGCUACGUGCAUAGAUUUCCGGCCGGACAACGAGAGUGUGGUACUGCUGGGUGUAGACACCGGCGCGGUGUUCCAGUGCUCCACCAUCUGCCUGAGACACUCCCUCUACCGCUACGCUGCCCACUCCUCUCCUGUCCGGGGAGUCACUUGGAACACCUACCACAACGGCAUCUUCCUCUCUUGUUCCCUCGACUGGACCGUCAAAGUUUGGCUUCAACACUCUCCGUCACCGUUGAUCACACUGGACCUGGGAGGGCCGGUGGCUGGGGUGAGCUGGUCCCCGUAUAGCAGCAGUGUGUUGGUGGCCGUGACGGACGAGUGUCGUGUAUUUGUCUACGACCUGUACCUCCGUCGCUGUAGUCCUAUGUGCGUCCAGAACCUAGCCCAGCGGCGUCGACUAGCUGCCUCCUGCGUCGCCUUCAGUCCCUUCUACCCUGCCAUCAUCAUCGGCGGUGAGAGGAGCCACCUAGUGUCCCUGAAGCUGUCGCCCAACUUGAGGAGUGUACACAAAGACGCCAGUGAGCUUCAGGGAGAGGCUGGAUCAGCAGGCAAAGAGGCUGCAGAGCACUUCAAGCCCAUGCUGCUUGAAAUGAUCAAGGACAAAGGCUAUGUCCCGGAGCAAGUGUUUAACGCUGAUGAGACUGGCCCCUUUUAUGAAUGCAUGGGCAACAGAACCUACAUUACAAAGGCCCAUAAAGUUGCUCCAGGGCUUAGAACUUUCAAAUACAGGUUGACAUUGUUAUUUUGUGGUAAUACAGCUGGUUAUUUUAAGUGCAAACCCAUGCUUGUGGUGUUUGGAAGUCCAAUAAAAAGGCCUGUGUGA